UAAUUUUAGCUCUUCACGUCACGAGAACAGCGAAUGUAUAUAAAUAAAUCAUCGCCACUGGAACGGGUUGUUUUGAUCAGUGACAUGUAUAGGUAAUACAAGUUAGUGAAUGGAUCUAAUAGCAUAAUAAAUCCACAACAGGCCUAAUCGAAACCAGCUGCCGCAAACCGAGCAUUGACAAGCUCAUCCACUUGUCUGUCGAUCCACAGCCUAAGGUAAAGGCCCAAACAAGAACUUGUAAGAUCUUCCGGACAUCAUGGCAGACACGCCGGUGCAGCCCCCGCUGGCGAAGCACGAUAGCAAGAUGUUGGACCUGGCGUUCGCCAUGGAUACCACUGGCAGCAUGGGAUCCUACAUCGACGCCGCCAGGGACAACGUGCGCAGAAUCACGGAAGAGAUCGUUGCCAAGGAGACGUGUGACGUACGUCUGGCUCUGGUCAACUAUCGCGAUCAUCCACCCCAGGAAAUGACCUACGUGACGCAGGUGCAUGACUUCACUCCUAAGAUCGGCGAGAUGAAGCGAUGGUUAGAUGACACCAGCGCAAGUGGCGGCGGCGACGCACCUGAAGCCGUGGCUGACGCUCUUCAUCAGGUGUUGAAACUAUCAUGGCGGCCAGAAGCGACCAAAAUCUGUGUCCUCAUCUCCGACGCCCCUCCACAUGGACUCCAGCCAAGCGGAGACACCUUUCCCAACGGCUGCCCUGACGGUCUUGACCCCAUGAUGACUGUGCGACAGAUGGCGGAGAAGGCCAUCACGUUGUACGUGGCUGGCUGCGAGCCCUCCAUCACACCUUACAAAGACUUCUUCGCAGCUCUUGCUUACGUCACAGGGGGACAGUACGUGCCCUUGAAUGCUGCCCGAGCUCUGACGUCAGUUAUAGUCGGAGGGGCACAGGAGGAGCUGUCGUUGGAGCAGUGGAUGGAUCAGGUGAACGAGAUGGUCAUGGCUGAGGUAAGAGAACAAGGAGAGGCCAACGUCGACAUGGAUUCUUUGACUGCGCGUGUCAAGCACAAGCUCAACACGCACGGGGCGAGGUCACGGCAGCUAAAGGUCAACAAUAGCCUCCUGCCCGCGGCUUCUGACUCCGUGAGGUCACUGUCCUCCUGCGUGCACAUGGAGGAGGUCAGAAAGGAGUGGAGACCGGAACCUGCACCCGCAGCCUCAGCCUCAUCAAGAAGCAUGUUCAAGAAGGCGUCCGCGAGCAGACCGAAAAGUGGGACCUGUGAGUCGAUGGCGGCCCCGAGCCCAUCGAGAGGUGGGACCCGUGUGCUGAUGGCGACCCCGAGCUCUUCGAGAGGUGGGACCAGUGAGUCGAUGGUGGAGUCCCUGUCCCUCGACUGCGAAAAAGAGACCCUUUCCGGAGCACCUAGCUACGAAACAGCGGAGGACGAAAUCAGUAUGGGGCAGGCGCAACGCAUGCUGCAGAAAGCACUGAUGCGGAACAAAAUUUCCAUCCCCAAGAAAUAAAGCGAAGACAAGAAAUUAUGACUCCAGAGGGAAGGUGUGUGUGAGGAGUAAGGGAGUAUAAAGGGAUGGUGCGUAUGGUGAAGUGGUGGAGGGUGGGUGAAAAAUACAUUUCUUGACCCUUCACCUUAGAAAUGUAGGACAGCAGGAAAGCCGAGUUACAGAGUUCUGUAACAGGAUAGGAGGGAUAAAGACAACUUCUCAGUCUAAUAGUCGGGGUUACUUUUUCAGGAGUGUGCAUACGAGCAGGUGAAAUUUGAAUGAGACCAUGUGUUCACUGUAGCCGAAUGCAUGUAAUGCCCGCUCUUUGAUGUAUUUGAAAAAUGUAGGACUGAGAUAUAUACUAGUGUGGUGUAGUUGUAUUCUAUGAUGUAUACCACUGUUAAUAACCCUUUACCAUACUAAUCAUAUUGUCUAAAAGGAUCAAAUAUUGCUCAUAAAGGUAUUAUAGUUCAUUA